AUGGCGGCUCUGGGAUCGGCUCUCCUCGCGCUGGCCUCGGUCCUCCUGCAGGCGGCGAGAUGUCAGGGCGGCGUGGCGAAAGGGAAAGACGGCUCGCCGCUGAGGUUCACGCACCGCCUCUACAACGCCACCAUCUACGAGAACUCGGCCCCGCGGACGUUCGCCGAGACGCCGGUGAAGAUGGGCGUCCAGGUGACGGACGUGUUCUGGCAAAUCGCAUACGACGUCGUCUCGGGCGACGACGACGGCCUUUUCCUAGCGGAGGCGGUUCGAGUGGGAGAUUUCUGCUUCCUCCGGAUCAGGACGCGCAGCAGUAACUCGGCGCAGCUCAACCGCGAGGUCAGGGACGCCUACACGCUCACGGUGGCGGCCACCGAGAGCACGUUCGACUUCCAGGCGAAGACGAAGGUGUCCGUCCGGGUGCUCGACACCAACGACCUCAAGCCUCUUUUCUACCCCGCCUCGUACAACAAGGCCAUCGGGGAGGACACUCCAGUGAAGUCAAGUGUGGUGAGGGUCAGCGCCACGGACGCCGACAUCGGGAGCAACGCCCAGUUCUACUACUUGUUCACCAGCAGAGCUCAUCCUUUUGUUGUGGACCCCUUCACGGGCACCGUCAGCCUGGCCAAGAAGCUCAAUCGCACCCGAACGGCCAGGUACGACCUCACGGUUUUAGCCGAGGACCGGACGAAGAAGAUAUCCGGUGUUCAGAAAUUCGGCAACGUCGCCAGGGUCACGAUAAACGUGCAGAAGACGUCCGCGGGGCCUCCGGUUAUCAAGCCCGGCCUCGGACCCACGGUGUCCACGGACGGCAAGGUAACUAUCGAUGUCCGUGUGGAGGCAGGAGUUCAGCCUGUGGAAUCCCUGAAUAUUGUUGGAGGGGAUCCACACAAGUGUUUUGAGAUAAUCCCGUUAGGCGCGCAGGGCAGUGACUUCCAAGUGAUCUCGACAAAGAGGAUUGUCUGGUCUCAAAACCCUUUCGGGCUGAAUCUGUCCCUUCAAGCUAAAGAUAGGAGCUUCCCGAGUUUACUCUCUCCAGUUACGCUCAUCCAUGUUCCGGCCGAUCGACGCAGCUCUUUGGUGUUUUUGGAGGACACCUACAUCGUCACCCUGAGCGAGUUCACCCCCCCUAAAACUCAUGUGGCGAAGGUUUCGGUCGCCGUGGUGACGUACAACGUCACCUUCGGCAUUAAAAACAACCCGGACAGCGCGAAAUUCAAAAUAAAUCCCAAAACCGGAAUUAUCGUAACGACGGAGACAUUUGACUACGAGAGGAAGGAGCGCUACGAGUUCGACGUCAUGGCGAACCACGGCGACGCCGAGACUCACGUGGUGGUCGAGAUCACCGACGAGAACGACCACGGCCCGCAGUUCGCCCGCUCCUCCUACCAGGCCACGGUGGACGAGAACACCCCCGUGGGCACCAGCGUUUUGAAGGUCGCCGCCACGGACCGAGAUAAAGGGAAAAACGGCCUCGUGACCUUCGCUAUUGCGAACGCGGCGCCCUCGCCGUUCACAAUAGACCCGUUCACCGGCGUCAUCGCCACCUCCGAACACCUGGACUACGAGCGGAUGAAGCGGCGGUACCGCCUGCGGGUCUGGGCCUCGGACAGCGGCGGCCCGUUCAGUCAGGUCAGCGAAUGCCCCGUGACGAUAACCCUGAACAACGUCAACGACAACCUCCCUCUGUUGGAGCGGGUGGGCUGCAACGCCACCGUCCCGCAAGAUUUCCCCGUGGGCCGCACCAUCGCCAAUCUGACCGCCAUCGACGCGGACGAGCUGCAGCAGCUGAGGUACGUCAUCGAGUCAGGAAACGAGCUCCAGGUGUUCGCCGUCGACUCGGCGUCGGGAGCCGUCGCCCUGAAGCGGCCGAUCCCCCUGCGAGAGGGCGCCUUCAACUUGAGGGUCGUGGCCACCGACGGCGAGCACUUCUCCGAGGCGUCGCUGGUCAGGGUGACGGUCACCAACAGGGGCGACGGCGCCACGCUGCGCUGCCAGGAAACGGGCAUUUUCAAACAGCUGACGGAGAAACUGAUCGAGUCGAUCGUCUCCACCUUCACCCAUCAAGGGGACGACCAGUUCUCCGAUAUUCACAUCACCAACCGUCACUCUCCCAAGUUUGACCCGAGCCUCCCGGGCUCCAUCGACCUGAGGGAGGACCAUCCCCUGAACGCCACCGUGGUUCGCUUCACGGCAACAGACGAGGACUCCGGGUUCAACGGCAAGCUGGUGUACGCCGUAUCCGGCGGGAACGAGGACGGCUGUUUCUUCAUCGACGUGUUCUCCGGCGACCUCCGGCUAGUCUGCCCGUUGGACCGAGAGAGCAAAGGGUUCUACAUCCUGAACGUCACCGUUUACGAUCUGGGAACGCCGCAGAGGUCCGCGUGGAAGUUCGUCGCGGUGAACGUCGCGGACGUCAACGACAAUCCCCCCGCGUUCGACCGGCCCCGCUAUCUGGUACGAGUGCCGGAAAACACCGAGGUGGACGCCGUCGUCUUCACGGCCAGCGCGACGGAUCCCGAUGUGGAUUUCAGCGGGAGCGUCCAGUACUCCCUGCUGACGUCCACCGACGCGUUCAGGAUCGACGAGGUGUCCGGCGAGGUGACCGUGGCGAGCGGUUUGGAUCGGGAGACCUCGCCCCGGCACGACCUCCGGAUCGCGGCCACGGACCGAGCCGCGCCCGGCCCCCGGUUGUCCUCCGCGGUCGACCUCGUGGUGGUGUUGGGAGACGUCAACGACAACCCGCCCAGCUUCGUGCCCAAAGUGUACACGAUAAAGGUUCCCGAGGACGUUCCCGUGGGCGCCCUCCUGGUGUGGGUCGAGAGCGUGGACUUGGACCUGGGCGGCGGAGGCCUCGUCACCUACAACCUCAAGAACACCGAAGGCGGGAUCUUCCGCCUGGACUCCUCCACGGGCGCCUUGACCCUGGAGCGGGAGCUGGACUUUGAGAGGCGGCCGGCUUACAACCUCACGGUCCGCGCCGUGGACCACGGCCUCCCCCGCUCCCUCUCCUCCUCCUGCUUCGUGGAGAUUCAGGUCCUGGACGUCAACGAGAACCUCCACAGACCGGCGUUCUCGGAGUUCGUGUACGAAGCCGCCGUGAUGGAGGACGCGGCGGCGGGGACCGCGGUGGUCACCCUCACGGCUUCAGACCAGGACCUGGGCAGAGACGGAGCGGUCCGGUACCACAUCAACGAAGGCUCCGGUCUCGGAGUGUUCGUCAUCGACGAGGAAACAGGUGUGAUCCGCACGACGGAGGCGUUGGACCGCGAGACGAGGCCUCACUACUGGCUCUCCGUGUACGCCACCGACCUGGGGGCGGAGCCUCUGACCGCCUGGACCCACGUCUUCCUGGACGUCCUGGACGUCAACGACAACGCCCCGGAGCUCUCCCAGCCGGUGUAUUUCGCGUCCGUCCCGGAGAACCUGGGCGCGGUCGGGUCCGUCGUCCAGGUGAAGGCCUCGGACGCCGACACGUCCUCCGAGGGGAAGCUGUCCUACCGGAUGCCGGAAGCUCACCGGACGCUCUUCGACGUGGACCCCCAGACGGGUGUUAUCAGCACCCACUCAGCGUUGGACCGGGAGGAUAAACCCGAACACAGCGUCGAGGUGAUCGUCUCCGAUAACGGUUCCCCGUCUCUGCGCUCCACCGCCACCGUGGUGAUCCGGGUCCUGGACGCCAACGACAACCAGCCCAAGUUCACCGACAAGCUCUUCCAGAUCAAGCUGCCCGAGCGGCGCCGGCGGGCGGGCCGGCGGGAGGUGUGCAGGAUGGUCGCCCGCGACGACGACGCCGAGGGCCCCAAUGCCGCCGUGACCUACGCCAUCCUGGGCGACGGCGAGGAGGACGAGGGCUUCCGGAUCGACGCGGCGACGGGCGCGGUGACGUCGCACGGAGACUUCUGGCCCGGCAACUACAGCAUCCUCACGAUCGAAGCCACGGACCACGGCGUCCCGCCGCUCUCCUCCACGGCGAGACUCGAUAUCGAGUGGGUCGCCCGCCCGCCGCCCGCCGCCGAGCCGAUCGCGUUCGACGAAUUCCCGUUCGCCUUCGCCGUCAUGGAAACGGAGCCCGUCACUCACAUGGUGGGCAUCAUCAUGACGGAGACGCACCGGCAGAGAUGGUUCGAUAUCACAGGUGGCGAUGAAGACAAGGACUUUGACAUCCAGAGGAACACGGGAACUCUCUCCAUCGCCCGGCGGCUCGACGCGUCGCGGCGCUCCAACUACAACAUGACAGUGAGGGUCACCGACGGCCACCACAGCGCCACCACACAGGCCUACAUCCGGGUCCUGGACAUGAACGAGCACCGGCCCGCCUUCCUGGAGCCGCUGUACCAGGUGAGGGUUCCCGAGGACACGUCCCCGGGGAAGGACAUCCUGCACAUCGGCGCCUCGGACGCCGACGCCAACAGCCGGCUGCUGUUCUCCGUCCACGGCGGCCUGAACCCCCGCAGCGGCGGCCUCUUCCGGCUGGACGCCAAGAGCGGAGUCCUGGUGCUGACGGAGGAGGGGCUGGACUACGAGGACAUCUCCGUCCACACGCUCAUCGUCAUGGUGCGCGACCAGGAGAUCCCGGUGAAGAGGAACUUCGUGAAGGUGGUGGUUCACGUGGAGGACUGCAACGACCACGCGCCGGCGUUCCUCAGCGCCCGCUACGAGGCCGGCGUCUCCAACGACGACCCCGCGGGCGCCGAGGUGGUCCGGGUCAAGGCGCUGGACAAGGACGCGGGCAGCAACGCCGACGUCAGCUACUCGCUGAUCUCCGGAAAUACGGACGACAUGUUCGCCAUCGAUCCGGAGCUGGGCUCCAUCAGCGUGGUCAAGCCUCUGCUCCUCCAGCCUGAGGACCGGCUCCACCUGACGGUGCGGGCCACGGACCAGGGCUUCCCCCAGCGCAGCGACCUCUGCUCCGUCCACCUCCACGUCCGGCCCUCCGACCGAACCCCGCCCGCCUUCUCCUCCGACGAAUACCUGACGGAGAUCGGCGAAUCCAGCGCCUUCGGGACCCCGGUGGUCGCCGUCUCGGCCUACAGCCCCGCCGCCGCCGUGCGUUACGGGAUAGAAAGCGGCGACGCCAACGGGACCUUUCGCAUCGACCCGUACACCGGGUCCAUUUCCACCCGAACGCCCCUCGAUUUCGAGAGCCGCGCCUCCUACAAGCUCGGCGUCGUGGCUUCCACCACGGCGGGCGCCUCGUCCAACGCCGUCGUCCACGUCUACGUGGUCGACGAGAACGACAACGCCCCCGUCUUCCACCGGCGGGAGUACGUGGGGCAGGUCAGCGAGUCGGCUCGCGUGGGCAGCAUGGUGCUGGGCGAGGGGAACGCCCCUCUGGUCAUCCGGGCCUCCGACGCAGACAGAGGCGCCAACUCUCUGCUGGCGUACCGGAUCCUGGAGGCGGAGGCCCGGAGCGUCUUCGAGCUGGACCCCAGCACGGGCGCCGUCUCGCUCGCCUCGCCCGUCGACUUCGAAGCCGAGGCCGAGUAUCGCUUCACGGUGCAGGCGAAGGACUCGGGGAAACCGUCGCUGUACGCCGCGGAGCCCGCCAAGGUCACGGUUCGGGUCCUGGACCAGAACGACUGCCCGCCGCGAUUCGCCGCCCCCGUGUACGAGCCGACCGUCAUCUUCCCGGCCGUCGCCGACGCCGAGGUGGUGCGUGUAGCGGCCCGCGACGCCGACUCGGCGGUCGGGUACAGCAUCGCCGAGGGGAAUCUCCACAACGCCUUUUCAAUUCACCCCGACACCGGCGUCAUCACCGUGAGCAACGCGUCCGAAUUCGGGUCUUUUUACCAGCUGGUCGUCAAAGCGUCCGACGGGCUCUACGUCGACUCGGCCACCGUCAGAGUGAACGUGACGAACCUCGCGGCGAGCGGCCUCGGCUUCCGUCAGAAGGUGUAUUCGGCGAGCGUAGCGGAAAACCUGAAGACGGCGAAGACUGUGGCGGGACUCCAGGCCACGGGUUGCUUUUUAAACGAGCCUCUUUUAUAUUCCAUCGUCAACCCAGUGGGGAAAUUCGUAAUCUCCCGGACUUCAGGCGUCCUUGAAACAACCGGCGUUCCCUUCGACCGCGAGCAACGGGAUGUUUACGACGUGGUGGUGAAGGUGGAAGACGCGAGGACGCCGCCCCGCACGGCAACCGCCCGGGUCAGGGUGUUCGUCGAGGACGUGAACGACAACGCGCCGCGGUUUCUGAACUUGCCCUUUUCAAUGAUGAUUUCUGACUCCGCCGACCCGGGAGACGUCUUGUAUCAAGCGACCGCCGUCGACGGAGAUCUGGGAGAAAACGGCUCCGUCGUGUACUCGCUGGAGGACGACUUCGACCUCUUCCGGAUCGAUCCCGACAUCGGCGACGUGACCCUCCGAAGGCCUCUGGACUUUGAAGCUCUGAAUAAGUACGUUUUGACCGUCUCGGCCACCGACGACGGCGAGCCCAGCCUCAGCGCGACGGCGCAGCUCAACAUUCAAGUCAGGAAUCAAACCAACCCCCUUUUCCAGACCCUCUUGUAUCCCCUGAAAGUCCCUGAGAACGUCCCCCCGCUCACCACCAUCUUACACGUCCAGGCCCGGAACCCGGACGGCUAUCGGCUCAUCUACAACCUGGAAGAGGGGAACGGCUCGCAGCACUUUCACAUCGAUUUCAAAACCGGCGUGUUGACCGUCUCCGACCCCCUGGACUACGAGAGCCGGACCGCGCACGCCUUGACGGUUCGCGCCACCGACUCGGUGACCGGAGCGUUCUCGGAGGCCUCCGUCGAAGUGGAAGUGGAAGACGUGAACGACAACGCGCCGGUCUUCUCAAAGCCGGCGUACGCUGUGACCUUAGAGGAGGGUCUUCCAACCGGCACCUCCGUGGUGCAACUUUCUGCCUCCGAUGGGGACUCGGGCAGAAACAAAGAUCUGACCUUCCAGCUGGUGAAGACGGAGAGUGACGAGACAGAUUUCUUUGAGAUGGACCCCCGGAGCGGAUUGAUUGUCACAAAGCAAGUGCUGGACCACGAGAUCACGAAACACUUUCAUUUGAAAGUCAGAGCCACCGACAACGGCAGCGUCCCUCUCAGUGGCGAAGCCACCGUCUUGAUCAACGUCUCCGACGUCAACGACAACCCGCCGGACUUCGUGAGCUCCCAGUACGACGUCUCUCUGGACGAGAUGGCAAAGUGCGGCCACAUCGUUAUCAAAAUCCAGGCGUCGGAUCCGGACUCCGCGGACCCGGACAACCUCAAAUACAAGAUCCUCUCGGGGAACGAAGGCCGCUACUUCAACAUCAACGAGUCUUCGGGAAUCAUCUCCUUCUCCAACGUCUGCAAGAGGAAUCUGGAUCCUUACUACAACCUGACGGUGGCGGUGUCGGACGGCGUGUUUCAGAAAACGGCGCCGGUGAACAUCGACAUGAUCAACAUCAACAGGCACAGUCCGCAUUUCAAGCAGAGCGUCUACGAAGCGGAGCUGGCUGAGAACGCAGAGGCGGGAACGCCGGUGAUCCGGUUGGCGGCCGUCGACCCCGACGACGGGCCGUACGGCAGCGUCGACUACACCAUCAUCAACAAACUCGCCGACGAGACUUUUGCCAUCGACGUCGACGGGCAGAUCGUCACCACGCAACCGCUGGACAGAGAGAACCCGGCCCAGAGGGUCAUCGCCAUCAAAGUGAUGGCGAAGGACGGCGGCGGGAGAGUGGCCUUUUGCACGGUCAAGAUUAUCCUCACGGACGAGAACGACAACGUUCCUCAGUUCAAGGCGUCGGAGUACCAGGUCUCCAUUCAGUCCACCGUCAACAAAGGCUCGCCCGUGAUCCAGAUCGUGGCGUACGACGCGGACGACGGCAAAAACGCCGACGUCACCUACACGGUGGACGAAGCCGGCGAGGUGGCCGACGACGUCAUCGAGAUCAACCCGUUCACCGGCGUCGUGAGCGUCAAAGAGAGUCUCGUCGGCAUGGAGAACAAGAUCUUCAACUUCAGGGUGAAAGCUCGCGACGGCAGCGUUCCCUUCUACAACUCCACCGUGCCCGUCCAGGUCAGAGUGGUUCCCCCCGAGGUUCCUCUUCCCAAGUUCUCCGAGCCCCUCUACAGCUUCUCGGCCGCGGAGGACGCCGCCGUCGGCACGGAGGUGGGCUCGGUGAGGGCCGACUCCAAAACGCCCCUCAUCUACAGCCUGGUGAACGGCAACACGGUAGAGAGCAACCGGGACAAAGUGUUCAGCCUGGACAAGGAGAGCGGAACCUUGCUGCUGCAGAAGGCCAUCGACCACGAGAAGACCAGGUGGUACCAGAUCGACGUGCUCGCCCGAGGGAGCCACAACGGGACCGACGUGGCGUCCUUGGUGUCCAUCAGCAUCCAGGUCCAGGACGUGAACGACAACCAGCCGCUGUUUGAGGCCAACCCGUACAGGGCCUUCCUGGCCGAGAACAUGCCCGCCGGAACCACCGUUAUCCAGGUGACCGCCAACGACCCGGACACGGACAUGAACGGCCGCGUGACCUACACCUUGGAGUCUCCGCCUGACGACCCCGCGGCGGCGGGCGCCACCGAGGUGUUCUCCAUCGACGGCGACAGCGGCUGGAUCACCACCGUGCGGCCGACGGACUGCGAGGCCACCAGGUUCUACCGCUUCGUCGUGGUCGCCACGGACCACGGCGGCGACGUCAAGCUGUCGUCCAGCGUCCAGGUGGAGGUGACCGUCACGGACGAGAACGACAACCCGCCCCAGUUCUCCCACGCCGCGUACCGCGGCUCCGUGGUGGAGAACAGCAGCCCCGGAGACGUGAUCGUCUCCAUGACGACCACGGACGCCGACGUGUCGCUGAAGAACCGCCUGGUGACGUGUUACAUCACAGACGGCGACCCUCUGGGCCAGUUCGCCAUCAUCCAGGAGGACGAGGGCGAGUGGGGCCUGAUCGUGAAGGAGGCUCUGGACCGCGAGGCCAGGGACCGCUACACGCUCAAGGUCACGGCCACCGACGGCAAGUCGGAGGCGCCGGUCACCGUGGACAUCCACGUCCUGGACAUCAACGACAACACUCCCACCUGUGACCAGCUGCUGUACGCCGGCGCGGUGAUGGAGAACUCGCCCUCCGGCACCUUCGUGCUGAAGGUCGCGGCCUCGGACCCGGACGCCGGGGCCAACGGGCAGAUCUCCUUCAGCCUGCACGGCAACGACGCCGACAAGUUCCAUCUCGACCACCGCACAGGUGAGCUGUUCACCCUGGCCGCGUUGGACCGUGAAGCGGAGGCGGAGCACACCGUGGUGGCGAAGGCGACGGACGGCGGCGGGCGCUCGUGCCACGCCGACGUCCGCCUGACGGUGCAGGACGCCAACGACAACGCGCCCCGCUUCUCCUCCGGCCGCUACGAGGUCACCGUGUUCGACAACACCACCGUCAGGACGCCCGUCGCCGUCUUGUACGCCCGGGACCCGGACGCCGGUGUAAACGCGGAGGUGAAGUACUCCCUGCUGGCGGGCGACGGCGGCUACUUCUCCCUGGAGGAGUUCUCUGGGAUCCUGCGGCUGGAGCGACCUCUGACCUCCGAGGCUCCGCCCACCUUCGAGCUGAAGGUGAAGGCCGCCGACCGCGGUCUGCCCCGUCACCUCUACUCCGUCGCCACGGUGACGGUGGAAGUGGUCUCCAUGGACGACUACAAGCCCGUCUUCCCGAGCUCGGAGUACGCCGCCCGCGUCCCGGAAUCCCUGGCGGUCGGGUCGCCGGUGCUGAGCGUCUCCGCCCUGACGGAGGAGGACGGCGGGGGGGCGGAGCCCGUCGUCUACCGGAUCGCGUCCGGCAACGAGGACGGGCGCUUCCAGCUGGACUCGCGGACAGGCCUGCUGACCCUCGUGGCGCCGCUGGACUUCGAGGCGUCCCGGGGGUUCGUCCUCUCGGUGGAGGGGAGCCGCGGCCGCUCGGCGCUCAGCGACCUCGCCACCGUCGCCAUCGCCGUGACGGACGUGAACGACAACGCGCCGCUGUUCCCACGAGGAGACUACAGCGCCGAGGUCCCCGAGGACCUGAGGCCCGGGAGCCUGGUGCUGAAGGUCACAGCCACUGACCCUGACGGUCCCGUCAACAACCUGCUGCGUUACUCCAUCGUCAGCGGCGACGCUCUGCAGCAGUUCUCCAUCCACCCUCGAAACGGAGAGGUCACCGUGCGCACCGCGCUGGACCGGGAGGAGGUGCCUCACUACUCUCUGACGGUGCAGGCGGCGGAUGAAGGAGCUCCUCCUCUCUCCUCGGCCGUCCUCAUCAGCGUCACGGUCACCGACGUCAACGACCACGCGCCGGUCUUCUCCCAGGUCAACCACAGCCUGCUGCUGCAGGAGGGCGAGUCGGUGGGCAGCGGCAUCCUCCAGCUGGUGGUGACGGACCGGGACACGCCCAGGAACGGCCCCCCCUUCUCCAUCCACAUCGUCAGCGGCAACGAGGACCGGCGGUUCCAGGUGGACCAGGGCGGCCUGCUGUCGCUGUCCGCGCCGCUCCGGAAGAAGGUCAAGCCCCACCACCAGCUCAAGAUACAGGUGACGGACAGCGGCCUCCCGCCCCUCUCCUCCAUCUGCGUGGUCAACAUCGCCGUCAGCGAGCAGAGCCGGUACCCCCCCUCCGCGGCGCCCCUGGAGGUCUUCAUCACCACCUCCGGCGGGCCGUUUGCCGGCCGGGUCGUGGGCCGGCUCCACGCCUCGGACCAGGACCCGCAGGACGUCCUGAGCUACGCGCUGGAGGCGGGCGGCGCCGGCCGGUUCUCCGUCGACCGCGCCGACGGCAAAAUCUGGACGGACGGGGACCUGGAGGAGGGCUCGUACUCGCUGAACGUCAGCGUGUCGGACGGGAGGUUCGUGGUCUGGACCGGCGUCCGGGUCCACGUGUGGGCGGCGGCCCAGCGGGCGCUGGACGGCGGCGUGACGCUGCGGCUGGCCGGGCCGACGCCCGAGGAGUUCCUGGCCGACCACUGGAGGGCGCUGCAGCGCGGCCUGGGCCAGGCGCUGGGCCUCCCCCGCCAGGAGCUGCAGCUGGCCAGCCUGCAGCGGGCGGCCGGCGCCCCGGGCCUGGAGGCGCUGCUGGUCCGGAGAACCCCGGGGGGCGGAGCCCCGGCGCUGCCCACCAAUCGGCUCGCAGGCAUCGUGUCGGACCUGGAGGACUCUCUGGGCCUCAGCAUCCUCCACCUGAGCCACAACGGCUGCCUGGGCGCCGGCUGCCCGCCGCGCGGCUGCAGGAACGCCGUCCGGCUGGCGGCGGAGGGACUGAGCCACUUCGCCACCGCCAGAGCCGGUUACAUCACCCCACGGCACGCCUGGGAGAGCGUGUGCCCGUGUAACGAGUCGGCCCUGAGGCUCGACGGCGCUCCUUCGUACCUGAAGUUCCUCCACCAGCUGGACGAGGACCAGCAGGACUUCAGGCUGUCGCUGCGGUUCAGGACGGUGCAGCGCCAGGGCCUCAUCGUGGCCACCAACGGCUCCACCGCAUGGGGGGCGCUGCAGCUGACCGACGGCGAGCUGCACUUCCGGUUCGGCUGCGGCGCCGCGGCGCCCGGCUCGCUGCUCGUCACGUCCGACCCGGUGUCCGACGGCCGGUGGCACGCCGUCCUGCUGGAGGUCAACGGCAGCGCCCUGCGGCUGACCCUGGACCGGCGGCGCCCGGCCUCCGUCCCGCUGGCGGAGCCGUGCCGGAUGCUGCGCCCGCACGGCGCUCUGCUCUUCGGGGCCUCCGGGGCCCCGGGGCUCCGGCCGCGUCCGGGGGGCUUCGCCGGCUGCCUGGAGGCCCUGGAGUUCAACGGGGAGCCAAUCAGAGCGGGCGACGCGGCGGAGUGGCCCGGGGCGACGGGGCGCAGGCGGGUGUUCGGGGUGUACCAAUGCUGCGGCAGGGCGGGGGGGUGCGACGACCGGCCGUGCCACAACGGAGGCGUCUGUGAGGACGCCGGCAGCGCAGAGCCGCGCUGCAGGUGUGCGGGACUCUUCCACGGCGCCCGCUGCGAGCUGCUCGACAACCCGUGCGCCUCGCGGCCGUGCGCCCGGGACCGCGAGUGCGUGCCCAAACCUCAAGGUUACAUGUGCAACUGCAAGCCGGACAACACGGACACACGGUGUCACAAUAAAACGGAGUGUUGGCCCAAUCCGUGUCCCGGAGGCUUCGAUUGUAAAGUCACUGCCGGCUCCAUCCACUGCAACCCGCUGCCAGUGGUGUCUCCGGUCAUCGGCUACGUGGAGAUCAUGGAGAUCAGCGCCAGCGUGCUCGGCUUGCUCUUCCUGGUCGGCGCCUUCGUUUGCAUCCGGAAGCGCUACGUCCAGCAGAAGAAGAAGAAGCCCGUCUGCGUGCAGGACUCCAACGGCUACUUCCAGCCCGGUCUGACCAAGGGCUGGAAGUCCAGCCACCAGGAGGCCACCGCGUUGGAGAUGAGCUCGCUGGGCGACGACCUCGACCACACGCCCUUCAGGUCGCUGCGGCCCCGCAGCCAGAUCGCGUCGUCGGGAGGCGGGGCUUCCUCUCCGAAGAUGCAGAGGCCCGUCGUGUGCAGCGUCGCCCCCAACCUCCCGGCCAGGCCGCCGUCCGGCUCCGACAACGACUCCAUCAGGAAGAGCCAGUGGGACCAGGGCUACGAAGUCUACCCGGCCGACCCGGACUACUACGGCCGCUCGGCGGUGCAGGACUUCCCCCAGUUUGACAUCGUGGAGGCGUCCUCCGCCGACUCCACCGUGGACUCACGCCGCAACUCUCGGUUCGGCGGCUUCCCGUUCCCGCUGGACCACUGCGCGGACCGCCGGGCGCCGCUGCCGCCGUGCUACAGCAACCAGAACCUGGACGACUUCCUGGGGCCCGACGGGCUCCCGCUGCCCAGGGCGCAAUGCCCCGACGAGUACACCGCCAUCAGCUACUACCCCACGCGGCACGCCCGCGGCCCGGAGCCCGGCUACAAGAGGCUGAGCAUGCGGCUGAGCGUGGCCGCGCCGUCGUACGCCGAGCCGCCCGGCCCGCCGCCGCCGCCACCGCCACCGCCGCCGCCGCCGGUCCCGCCACCGCCUCAGAAACCGAACGGCGCCCAGCCUCAGGUGAGGCGGGCGGGGCCGGACCCGAGCAGCUACGGCGGCUCCAGCCCGGUGGAGAGCGACUACGGCAGCUCUGAGGAGGUGAUGUUCUGAGGGGCGCGCGGCUUUUAUUUUACUUUUUGGGGGAUGACUCACUUCCUGUCGGCGCCGCGAGUCCACGCCACGGCGGAUAAAGGCGUCCGGAUGGAGACGGGGGGUUACUCGCCGCUCCUCGGGGGGGAAGGAGAGCAGACGUUCAUCCUUUCUUUUUUUUCUGACUGAGAGACGACGGCGAGGCGCUCGGUAAAAGAAGACGAGGAACAAUCCCCGAGAGGCCGAUGACGAACUUUCGCCGAAAAGGUAAACGCCGUUUAUCGUUUAUCGUUGGCGUCCUCGCCGCGUGUUCGUCGUUCCUCGGCCACGGGGAGAGGAACGUGUCGUUGGAUAUAAUCAGCUGACGUUGCUGUUGUCAACAAGGCGAGGGCCGGAUCCUCGCCAACACGUCAACACGUUGGUCGUGUUUUAAACUUUUGAGUGUUUACUUCCUGUUAUCUGUGUGUUUUAAGUCUCAGCGCCUCCUGCUGGAUGACAGUAUUAUUGUUUUGGGAGCGGCUCUGCAGUGCCCCCCCCCCCCCCUUCCCCUCCGUCCACGCAGCCAUUUUAUAUGGUGGAAAUAUGCAAAUGUUGUUUAGGGUCCAGAGCUCGUUGUUGUGCUUCAUUCAAAAGAGUAAACAACAACUAAAAAAAAUGCUAAGAACCACAAAUAAAUAUCGUUUUAAUAUCGUCGACAUUUCCUUCACACGAUGAACUUAGAGCGACAAAUAUAUCGUAAAAAUGGCUUUUAAGCAAAUAGUUUCAUUUCAGCUCUUAACUUUUUGUUUUUCUGUAAUUAAGUAAAUAAAUAAAUCUUUCCGUCUGUAUUUAAAUUUAAUGUUUUUCAUCACAUAAAGAUUUAAACCUUCCAUCUUGUGAUUUGAAUGUCCUGGAUGAAUAAUUUGGGUCCUAAACGUUAAACUACUGACAGAUUUACAUCAGAAAGUCAACAGUUUAUAUUGUGUGAGUAAGAAAUUACAUUUGUUUGUUUUGUAUUUGUUAAAUAUCAGAAUGUUGUUAAAGGUCAAAAGUUCGUCUUCAAAUGAUCACAUAUACUAAAAACCAUCUUCAUCGUCGUUGUCUUCAUCGUCGUCUUCACUUCCUUCAGAUUCUGUAACUUAUUAAUUGUGAGAUCUGAGGACGUGUCAGUGAAUCCGAUUGUUGUUGUUGUUGUUGUUGUGUUCCUGAAGACCUGUCGUAACCUGGCGCCCUGUGCAGCUGUCUGUGUCGUUGUGUCCAUGAAGUUUAUUUUGUAUGAUGUGGGCCGUCCCGCGUCGCUUGUUGUUUCUCUGUGAGAGAUUUUAUUAAGAUUCCGUCUUUCUGUUGUUGUUGUUGUGGUUUUGUGUUUGGAUAUUGUAAACAGAGUAUGAAUAAAGGUUUUAUCUUCUACCAACGA